AUAUUUAUAUACACAUAAUUUUUAUUUUAUUUUCACUUAUAAUUUUUUUAACUAUGAAAACGUGUUGAAAUGGUCUAUGUAUAUAAUUUUUUUUUUAAAAAAAUAUCUAAACGAAUAGCAGGUAAAUAUAUAGAUAUAUAGAAAAUCUCAUUUUUCUUGCAUGACUAUAUUAUAUUCUCGUAUUCUUCUCUGGAUCCCGAAGUCACGAAAGUACUCAAAAUGAUUUGUAUGCUUCAUAUCUGGGGCUAGGACAGGUAAAACGAACGCGUUAGCCUUUGAAUUAACUCCUUUUAGUCUCUGGAAUUGCAAAUUCUAUAUGGCUAGCUGUAGCUUGUCUUCCCCAAACAUUACACACAAGUCCACGUACAGAUUUUCUUCGUUCUUACAAGAAAACGCAGCCUGUUCAAAAGCUUGGAAGAUAAAAACUCAAGAGACACGAUAAAGAAGGUGAUCACGGAGGAGGUGAGGAGGAAUGUCAGUGUUGUGGUGGAUGUUUGAAUAGAUCGUUGCUGAAUCUCUGUUACAUCGUCCUGCAAAGAUCUCUCAAGGAAAGGAGAUCACAACGAGGAAGUUCAAAAGGACAUGGCUUGUGCAGAUCAUCGCCAGGUGAGAGAUCAACGAAGAAUGUGAUUAAGCAUUAUUUGAUUUUGAUGCAUCAUUGUAUCUAAGCCAAAUGCACUUAUGGCAAGAAACUAGGAGCAUGGAUUGGAGAAGAAACUCAUGGAACAAAUGUCAAGCCUCAUCUUGCAAGUGUAAUUAAUUUAUAUUAAUAUUCAAUAAAUUAGUAAUCUCGAUUAAAUAAUAUUUUUAUUUUAUAUCAACUUAAAUUUAAAAUUUAAAUGAUAUCUUAAUUAAAAAGUUUUCAUGCUAUCAUGGAUAUUAAUUUAUAGAGGUUUAACUGUAAUUUCAUUCAAAUUUACUUUAACUACAAAUGAUUAAUAAAUUAGAUUCAUAUGCAAUAAAAUAAUUUAUUUCGACUUUUUAAUUUCUACUAUUUAUUUUCAUAAAAAGUUUAAUAAUUUAAUUUAUGAGAUUCAUUUAUUCAGCAUAUAAUUUUUUUUUUAAUUCCAUGAGAUGCUUGAAAUGGGAAUUCAAGAAUAAUAUUUGUUAAUUAAAAUUAGCAUUGAUGACACAAAUUAAAAAAAAAAAAACCCAUGUCCUUGUGCAUAGCGGAAACGUGCAAAGGAAGUUACUUUAAACGACUAACCAGGCAUCAUAAAACCCUAACCCUGACUCUAUUAACACCCCAUCAAAACCCUAACUUUCACACGGUUUUCUUCUUUCUCUGAAGAUCAAAGAAAAAACCCUCAAAGAGGAAAAGGAAAGAAAGAAACAAUGAAGACUGUUGCUGCUUUCUUGUUGGCUGUUUUGGGUGGCAACAAUAGCCCUUCUGCUGAAGAUAUCAAGAAGAUUCUUGCCUCUGUUGGUGCUGAAGCUGAUGAUAAGAUUGAGCUACUCUUGUCUCAAGUUAAGGAUAAGGAUAUAACUGAGCUUAUUGCUGCUGGAAGGGAGAAAUUAGCUUCUGUGCCUUGUGGUGGUGGCGCAGUUGUUGCAGCGGCUGCUCCAGCUGAUGGCGCUGCUGCUCCUGCUGCUGCUGAGACAAAAGAGGAGAAGGUAGAGGAGAAAGAGGAUACAGAUGAUGAUCUGGGCUUCAGUCUCUUUGAUUGAGGAACUAUGAUAUCAGAAAAACUUUAUUCUUCAGAUCAGCUGUAGUACAGCUUUAGAACAUUACUUCUACAGGAUGCAGGUUAUGAGCAUUUUCUUUUUUUGAGACUAGAAAACCCUAGAUGUGCUAGAAAAAUCUGAGAUUUUAACUGUGGAUUCCUUUUGUACGUUAUCUUUUUAUCAAAGAUUAAAAUUUCGGUUGAGGUAUA